AUGAGUGGGUGGUUUGGUAAAAACCGAGAUCAAGAUUUAAUUGAAGAACGCUGCAAACUCACUCAAUUAUAUAUAGACCAGCAAAGAGAAGAAAAUGGAGGGCUAAGAAAACAGCUUGGCGAGCUAAAAGAGCAGUCUUUACGAUAUAAAAUAAUGCUUGACGAAUUGAUCCAAAAUGCUUCCUCAUAUGAUAAAACGGUAGAAGACUUAAAAGCAAAAAUUAAGGCAGCUGAGCAAAAAAUUGUAGCACAGGGAGAUACUGAAAAAAAGCUGGACGAGGACUUAAAACGACUGAGAGGGAUUAAAAAUAGUAUUCUGCCAACUGACUUCCAGGUUGUGGCAACUCAAGGUGCAUCUUUGCAAGAGAUAUUGGACAAUUGUGACCAAAAUGAAGAGGCUAUUUAUUUUAAAGACAAAAACGGGUCUGUAUGAGAAAUAAUGAAGCGCCCUGGGUUUGAUAUGAAUCAAUUAGAUGAGCAUGAUGAAGAGCAGCCGCAACUGGAAACUUUUGUGAUAAAUCCAUUAAUUCGUUAA